AGCCGCGCCGUUCCUGCCUCUGGGCGCCCGCCGCACUUGGCGCGGCGCCGGCGCUGCCUUCGCCCUCUCCGCCCCCGCGGCGACUCCGCGCCGCGAACGUGCUCGCCCCGGCUCCUUCCGGGGCUGGAAGCUCCCCGCGCGAGUCGCCGCCGCAGCAGCAGCCGCAGAAGGAGGAGGAGGAAGAGGAGGAGGAGGAGGAGGGGGCGCGCCGUCUCGCGUCCGCGCCGCGCGCUCCGCCCGCCCGCUCUCCAUCCUGCGUCCGCGCCUCUUGCCCGCUUGUGGGGCUGUUCGCGCUCCUGCUCCGCCCGCCUCGCACGGAAGCGUCGCUCGCCAGGAUGGUGAUCAAGGUCUACAUCGCCACUUCGUCCGGCUCCACGGCGAUUAAAAAGCAGCAGCAAGAUGUACUCGGUUUCUUAGAAGCCAACAAGAUUGAAUUUGAAGAGAAGGACAUUGCUGCCAAUGAAGAGAACCGCAAGUGGAUGCGAGAGAAUGUCCCGGAAGAAUGCCGACCAGCCACUGGCAAUCCGUUGCCCCCUCGGAUCUUCAAUGGCAGCCGAUACCUGGGGGAUUAUGAAGCCUUUUUUCAAGCCCGAGAGAAUAACACGAUGUAUGCUUUUCUAGGCCUGACUGCCCCACCUGGUUCAAAGGAAGCAGAAGCGCUAGCAAAGCAAGAAGUGUGAAAAUCCUCCAGCUUAAAGCCUUACCAAGUCUGCAAAGGGAAAUUUCCACAGCUUUUUAUACAAUAACAGAAUUGUCUUAUGCUUCAAGAAACACAGUAUUGUUGUUUUUCCUAAACUGCACAGAGUAUUCCACCAGACAUGAGUAUAGGAUGGAGUGUCAAGAGAAAACACAAUCUUCCCACAAGGACAAAGAACGUAAUUGCAUGGAGCAUUUUGAAAUUGUCGUAUUUUUCCUCUCCCACCAGAUGGUAUAAUCUACUUUUUGGCAGUUGCAUAGUUUUUUGUAAACUUACAAAAGCAACGUAUUUUGCUAUUAAUAUUGUUGAUAUAUAGUUACAAAGAUUCAGCCAUUUAAAAAGGGGGUAACACCACAGCAAAAAAUGUUAUUGAAAACCCCAGUGCCUCAAAUACAUUACUGAAAAUAACAAAAUACCAUGAUGAUAUCUUUUUAAAAUUGUGAUUUUUUUCUGCAAAAAGUGCCGUGAUGUAGCGUAAUUGUAAUCGCUUGUGAUUAGGAUAGUGCUUUUUCAUUUGUAGGGUGGGUAUUGUAAUGGUCUACUGUAAUUUUGUAGCAAGUGGCAUACAAAAUCACGCCAUAAGAUUCUCAUGGAUGUAACCAAUAUGACCUCUUGUAACUGCUUCUCAGGGACCAAAAAUACCCACAUGUACAAGGUUUUAGUGCAGUCGUGUUGAUGCAUACAUUAAUAACCACAGAGAAGCCAAGAGAGCCCAUUGUGGUCCUUAUUUCUGCAAAAUUUGAAGGUUUUUUGUUGUGUUUGCAAAAAUAAAAAUUCUAUUCCAUUGCGUAUGUUUUAGACCUUAGAAAGCAAGGCCAAGUAAUUGCUGGCUGGAAGAACAGGCAUUCUGAAGAAUUAAGAUUAUAAGACUCGAUAGGAAGCAGGGACCCCACUGUAGAUUUCUCAGCAUAGGCUUGUUGGCCUGGAAGCUUUCAGCAGCUCGCAGAUCUUGCAAGAAGACUGUGUGGUCAAUUUCAUCACAUGCCCUGCGGCUCUCUUUGUGUGCCACAAGCAAGAGCCUCACCCAAAAGGCAGGUACUCAAAGGGGCUUAAUCAAGAAGUUACCUUGAAAAGUGUGGCCUCUAAAUUAACCCUUCCCAGCCUGGUGCCUUCCAGAUGUGUGAGACUGCAUCUCUUAAAACGCAUGCUCUGAGUUGCAGCCCAAAGCAUCUGAAAGGAUUUGUUAGGCUGGUGGAAACUAUUUGGGAAGGUAUGUAGACAGACUCCAAGGGUUGCUUCCCUACUGUAUAAUGUCUUAGCCUGCUGGCCACAUCUUCUCUCCUGCUGUAUAUUGAAAAAAAUGGGAUCUCUAAACCAUCAGUUUUACUCACAAUAGACUAAUUGGUGCUUGCCACUAGCCGCCCCCUCCUUUAAAAUUAAGAAAAAAAUGUGCAGGACACCUUCCAGAACACAAAAACUCCAAAGAAUCCUUCGGCCUAAGAUUUGCAGCCAUCUGAGCAUUGCUUUCAUUCAGUUGCCAAAUGUGAGAAAUUCAGUAGCUGUACUUCAAAGGUGCUGAAAAGAAAAUGGAGCUGAAAGAGAUGCAGCUAUUUCAUGAUAGGUAAACCUAACACCGCAAAGGGGAAGCACGACUAAACUCUUGUUGAUUUCAGUGGGUCUGCUCGAAGCAUGACUAAAUUUGGAUCUAGUUCAUGGCUGUGAGGGGAGUGUCAUUCACACACUUCCCAGCUUCACUUGUGAUUAUUUACAGUAGAGGAAAUUAGGAAAUCAAUGAGACACUCCAUGCGCAAGGAGGAAGGAAGUGUACGCAGGUUGCUGAUCCUCUAAAGACAUGGUUUAAGCCUUGCAUGCGCUAGAAGAUCAGGGUCUAGGCAGGAACCAUUUUAACCACUGAAACAGAAAGGAAGGUGCUCUUUGCAAUCCAUACAACUGGCCUGUAUCCACGAGGACUUGUUUUACACGUGAUGUUUGCCCACCUAUGCCCAGAGCUGCUCAGGAUUGCACAAGACUGUGUGAAUCGUUCCUUUUUCCUCCAGCACACUCUUGUCUUGCAGCACUCCAGCUCUGGCUACCUUUCUGGGGAAAUGGUGUUAAGGGCCUGGUCAGCAUCUUCCUACAUGGAGGACAUGAGAUCAGAAUGUGGCCUAAUUAGUGGUCCGUGUACCAAGCUUGCACGGAGGUGCCUUUAAGUUCCACGCAUGCAGUUUAAGAAUUUAGACACUUGAUUUGCAUGCUUCAGAGCUUGAAUCCAUCAUGUUUCAGAUGCUUGUACAAGGAACAUGCAGAAACCCCCCGUUCAAAAGGCCUGCCGUGUCUAUUUCAGGGCAUGUAUGGAUCUUAGAUGAGUCCAGCUUGGGGAGAAGCAGGUCUUCUGUCUUUGAAUCCCCCUGCUUCUCUGGCUGAUUUGCAGAAGACACUGAUGGGGACAGGCACGGUGUAUGAUGAGAAUUCUUGAGUUCUGCUACCACCCUGACCCCCCCCCCCCCCCCCCAGGCAAUGGGCUUCUCCCAAAUAUGAGUUGCGGAGGGAAUAGUUGUUCCUUCCCAAGGUGUCAUCAUCUGGCAGGCAGUGCAAAGAUGCACAUUUCAGGAAGCAAGCUCGGCUGUUCCUGGAAAAGCAGCCUAGAAGGACUUUCCUAUUUCCCCCUUUUUCUUCCCAUUAUCUCAUCUCUUGCAUUGUCCUGACUCAGUAGACGGCUGUGAUGCAACGGGGCUGUCUGGGCUUUGCAAAGAGCUAUGUUUUGCAUGUGUUUUAAGUGGCAUGGAAGUUUUUCCAUGCAAUAUUCCCCAAAAUGCAACAUUUUCUGAUGCUAUAUUUUUCCCUGGAAAGGUUUCCACACCAUAUCUGUCAGUGUCCAUGCAUAACUGGGCCGUUGUGCUGCAGUCAGUCAUGUUAGAUGGGCUAAAUAUAGGAUAUCAACUUGUAUAUAUCGUCCUUUUAAGGCAAGUAAAGGUGAACCCUAGUGCUCAGUGGCCCUUGGAGCAGAUGAAAGAAUCAAGGAUAACGAGGCUUUUGGCACAUGGGUCUGGACCAGACUUGGGCAUGGCGCGCUUGCCCUCUGUUGCUUCUGUUCUUCAGUUAGAAACUCAAGGAAAACUAAAACGGAAAUUAAGAUGGCAUGAAUUGUGUUAAGAAUUGACGCUUUUGAAUUGUGGCGUUGGAGAAGGCCCCUGAGAGUCCCUUGGACUGCAAAAAGUUCAAAUCAGUCAAUCCUAAAGGAAAUCAACCCUGACUGUUCUUUAGGAGGGUAGGUACCAAAGCUUAAACUCAAAUACUUUGGCCACCUAAUGAGAAGGAAGGACUCAUUGGAGAAGAACCUGAUGCUGGGAACAAUUGAUGGCAAAAGGAGAAGGGGACGGCAGAGAAUGAGAUGGUUAGAUAGUGCCACUGAUGCAAUGAACUUGAAUUUGGGCAACUCCAGGAAACUGGAGAACAGAGGGCCUGGAGUGCUGUAAUCCAUGGAGUCAUGAAAAGUCGGACACAGCUGUGCAACUGAACAACAAAGAUUGUGCUGCUGUUGGUUUCACUUAGGAGGCAUGUGGGAUGAGGACAAGGGUCCACUUAGUCUAGCAGGCUCAUUCAAUCAUGCAGGUACCAACAAGUACCUACCUGCAGGUACAGUUCUAGGUACAUUGUACAGGUACACUAUCCCAGCCUGCACCUGCAGGCCCACUCCCUUCCUUUCACAAAACAGUGUUUAAGAAGCACUUCUGUGUUCGGGUUUUCUCUACUAGAAGUGGAAUCUGUCAGCAGUGCAGAGAGAAUGAAGCCAAAGGGGCGAGGGUGUCCUCUGCAGAAGAAAACUAAGCAAUUGAUAGGAGAUUCAGAGGCUCUGUUUGGGUGUCUACUCUAAAAAGAAGGUUUCUUUCGGGAGGCAUCAUUUUUGUUAAAACAAACCUAAGGAAAAAUAUGCUAUUGCCUUUACAUUUUUGCAAAUAUUUCAAUAAAGUAAUUUCCACGUAAA